AUGCCCGGGAACAAUGUAGCGAGCAUCAGCUACGAUCCAGCAGGGGCGUGGUUCGAGGGACAGCUUUGCGAGAGCUGCAGAGCUAUGCCUGACCGAAAUACCGUCUACAACGGGACGUGGCAUCAUACAACGGACGACGACACCAUUGACACACAGGACACAACCAUGACCAUCCAGUUCACCGGAACAGCGCUAUACGUCUAUUGCGUUAUCGCUAACAACGUCUCUGAGGGAACCGGGACUAUGGCGAAUUACGACUUUACCCUCGACGGCCAGGACGCGGGCAACUACCAUCACGACCCCGAGAACGUGACGGACUACUUCUACAAUGUACCCGGUGCGUCUCCCGCGUUUGGCAUCAACUUUCUGCGUGUUGCCAUCGAUAGCGAGACUGACUGGGCCUGGUGCGCAGUGUACACGGUCUCAGAACUGGAGAACGACUCGCAUGAGUUGAUCGUGAACAUCGCCGGCGGGAGCGGCGUCUCGGGGUCAUCAUUGAUGCUCUUCGACUAUUUCACCUAUACUUACGACGAUGAUCCCUCCGAAACAACAUCAGCCUCUGCUGCCCCUACCACGGCCGCGAGCCCCAAAUACAAUUCGAAAGCCAAUGUUGGUGCGAUCGUCGGAGGCGUUGUUGGCGGCGUGGUCGGGGCGGCAGCCUUUGCUGUCGCCCUGUUCUUCUUCUUGCGCAGAAGACGAGCUCGUCGGUCGUCUGUGCUGCUCAGUGAUGGCGAGGUUCGCGGAAAGAGCUACCCUACUGUGAAUCCCUAUCCUGCACCCGAGCCACCAACCGUCUCGCCGAUAGCUACUGGAGAAGUGGCGGCUAAUUCACCAACAAAGUCGCUAUCCCCGUUAGGUGCCUCCCAUCGCACUCCUUCGGACGCUGGGUCCCUUUCCGUGUCUUCCCCUACUGGUUCAUCGCCUUCCACGUCCAAGACGCAAACGGCACUCGAUACGCGGGUGCGGGAUAUGGAGGCGAGGAUUGCAGCACUGCAGGAUCAGCACGGACCGGCGCCUGCUGCCUCUAACUCCGGCGAAGAAGCGUUACGACGGCAGAUAGAAAGUCUGCAAGCAGAGAUUGCUAUGCUUCACGACCAACAGCGGGACAUGAUGAACAACAUGUCUGCGCCUCCACCUGGGUACAGCGAUGUCUAA